UGCCACUGCGCGUUUUCUAUUGGAUCACCCAUCUGUCGGUUGUGUCCUCCCGGCUCCGAAAGCCGCUCAGCCAGGCAGGCAUGAAGAUAACGAGCGAUAAACGGGAUACAUCGCUGGAAUAAGGAAGAGGACGGAGGACGCACUCUGCUAUGCUGCACUCUAGACAGAAUGGGUGAGCAUCAGACCUGCGUGAAGCUCAGUGAAGAGAAACUUAUUCCAAAGUCUGACAUCCUGUCACUGCUGAGGACCUACAACUGUUACCACCAAGGCAAAAACUUCCAGCUGAGGACUCGUGAGGAAGAAGGAGAGUUCAUCCUCGAGGGAUUGCUGAACAUCUACUGGGGUCUUCGUCGACCAAUCAGACUUCAGAUGUACGAUGACAAUGAAAGACUUCGUCUGAACCGAAACGAUAGAUCUGCUGUGGCAUCGGCAGAGUCGAACAAUAAUUCACUUGGCAGUGAAACUGGACCAGAGAGUGAUGACAUGGGUGGUCAGGAGGAGGAAGACUCUCCUCAGCUGCUGAGGACCAGGAGCGACGCUUCCUUCAUGCGGGUUCAGAGGAGGUCAAGGACACACACCGCCAGAGACCUGCAGCGCCUGCGCACACACAGGUUCUCAAUCAACGGACACUUCUACAACCACAAGACGUCUGUAUUUACUCCAUCUUAUGGUUCGGUCACUAACGUACGAGUAAACAGCUCCAUGACGACGGCACAAGUCCUCAACCUGCUGCUCCACAAGUUUAGGGUGGAGAAUACAUCUGAAGAGUUUGUCCUGUAUGUGGUGCACGAGUCUGGAGAGCGGACCCGCCUGAGAGAUGGUGAAUACCCUCUGGUGGCUCGCGUGCUUUUUGGCCCCUGUGAGGAAAUCUCCAAGAUCUUCCUAAUGGAGGCCGACCUGGGGGAGGAAGUCACAUACGAUGUUGCCCAGUACAUAAAGUUUGAGGUCCCUGUUUUAGACAGCUUCGUGGAGAAACUCAAAGAGGAAGAGGAACGGGAGAUUAACAAACUGACCAAAAAGUACAGUGCUCUGAGGUCUAAGAUUCUACAUCAGCUGGAAGGCCCAGUGCACGACACUGACGGAGUAUAGAGCGUGUGUGUGUGUGUGUGUGUGUGUGUGUGUGUGUGUGUGUGUGUGUGUGUGUGUGUGUGUGUGUGUGUGUGUGUGUGUGUGUGUGUGUGUGUGUGUGUGUGUGUGUGUGUGUGUGUGUGUGUGUGUGUGUGUGUGUGUGUGUGUGUGUGUACACACAGACCCUGGCAGUGAUCUGAACUGUAUUUUACUUGCCCUCAUGUAACCCUCUUAAAUGAGCUACUAGACUGUAAACAAGAUAUAUGGGGGGGGGGACAAGAUGGAUUAAUAACAUCUGCAAUAACAAUAUGUGCUUAGGUAUAUGUAAAACCGCAAAUACUGAAACGUACUUCUUUUUGUGACUUGAGAUCGUCUCCCUCAUACAGAUUAAAUACAAAUAUAAUAGAC